GGUGACGCCAACCAAAUCGCUCACGGCGUCGGCGCCGUUAACGGCAAGCAGCUCGGCAGCGGCGAACACAGGAAGAGGGCGUGCCUCAGGGCAAACCGCGCGAAGCUGAGCGAGCAAUCCAGCCAGCGCCAUCGCGCGAACACCGAUGACAUUCUCCAG